UUUCUUUCCUUCAAAGCCUCCCCUCAAACCUUCAUUCCCUUCUUUUCUUACCAAACCCUAAUAAACUCCUCAAAUCUCCCCUACCUUCUUGCUUAUGUUGUCAACAUGAGUUGCAAUGGUUGUCGUGUUCUUCGCAAGGGUUGUAAUGAAAAUUGCAUUUUGAGACAGAGCCUCCAAGGGAUCGAUCACAGCCCUCAAGCUCAAGCUAAUGCCACCGUUUUUGUUGCUAAAUUCUUUGGCCGCGCGGGCCUCAUGUCGUUCCUAUCCGCUGUACCCGAGUUGCAACGACCAGCUUUAUUUCAGUCAUUGUUAUUUGAAGCGUGUGGCCGGACGGUCAACCCGGUCAACGGCGCCGUCGGACUGCUCUGGACCGGGAACUGGCACGUGUGCCAAGCCGCCGUCGAAACCGUGCUCCGCGGCGGCGAACUAUCCUCCUCGUCCGAAUUUUUCGCCGGAGCUCCGGCGCCGGGAAGUGACGUCAUCGACCUGUUCCGAUCGUCGUCGCAAGAAUUGAACGAAUCGGAGAGAUAUAACUUCGAUCAUGACGUGGCAAGAGCACAUCUGAGCAAUCUUGAUCUGAGCCUGACGUCAAAUUUGCCGGCGGAGAUUUUUUCCGGCGGGAGAGCGAAGCGGCGGCCACCUUCCGAGGAGUCCGAAACGACGACGUUUGGGAGUGGAGUUGUGUGUAAUAAUCAGAGUUUAAGAGGCGAGAGAAAAUUAUUAAGACUAUUUAUAUGAUGAAUUAAAAAAGGUGAGGAUAAUUAAGGAGGUGAUUAGUGGAUUUUUAUUUACCACCGGAAGUAAUAUUUCACUUUUUAUGGGUGAAAUGAUUUAAAAUAAUUUUAUGAAUAUCGUUCAGUUUCGUAAUUCCGAAACUUGAAAAUCA